AUGAACAUGCAAAAGAUUAGUGAUAUUAGUCCAUCUGCUUAUGAACAUCUAAUGGCAAGGGAUCCCAGUUCAUGGUGCAGGGCCUUCUAUGGUGGAGGAUUGGCAUGUGAGGCAGUAGAAAAUGGAAUGGCUGAAUGUUUUAAUGCAGUUAUUGUGGAUGCUAGAAAAAAGCCCCUACUGACUAUGCUUGAGGGAAUACGACUAUACAUGAUGGAAAGAUUCUAUAAUCUAAAGGAAGAAGGACAGAAAUGGGAUACUGAAAUAUGUCCAACAUCAAUUAAGAAGAUGGAAGCAUUUGGUGAAAGUUUAAAGUCCUGGUAUGUUCAUCCUAGUGGUGUAACUGCUUUUGAAGUGAGGAAUGGUUUUUACUCUUAUUGUGUUAAUUUACAAGAGUAUUCUUGUACUUGUAAUUUGUGGGCUGUAUCAAGGAUACCUUGUGUACAUGCCCAAGCUGCCAUUAUAUAUACACAACAAGAUCCUGCGAGCUACAUUAGUAGUUGGUUUAGUAAAGAGAAAUAUAUGUUAACAUAUGGUUCCAACAUACUACCAGUCAAUGGUAGCAAUAUGUGGGUGGAAUCUCCUUAUCCAAAGCCCCUUCCACCUAUUGAAAGAAGGAUGCCAUGA